UUUGGAGUUUCUGCCUCAGCCGAAGUUCCUAUCUGCUGUUUUGCACGGCAAUCUGAGCAAUUUCAGAGCUCUCCUGGUUGCAGAUUCUGCCAUGGGUUGUGGGUUACGAAAGCUAGAAGAACCUGAUGAUAGCAGUCCUGGCAAAAUAUUUUCAACUCUGAAGAGAUCACAAGUAGAAACAAAGACGAAUAUUUCAUAUGAAUACCUUUUAUUGGAUUUUACUUUGGAGAGCGGCUCACCGAACCCAGAUGUCAUCAAGAUUUCCUCUUUCCUGGAUCUUAAUUCUAAACUGGAAGAGUAUUACAGGAAUGGAUAUAUUGUUGCUACCAUCCAUCCUACAAUUAUUUCUGUGGGCCGAAGGAAACAGUCGCCUCUAAGUUACAUCUAUAGAGUAAUAUUAACUAAACAGAAAUCAGGAAUAAAGAAGGCACAACGAGGAGAUCAAAGACAAUACAAGUUAGUUGUUGAAGAAUGGUCUGUAAACAAUCAAGCACUAUCAAAUGAGGUUGUGAAAAGUCUAUUAGACAAGGUGAAAGAAUCAGUUAAGGAAGGAAAGAAAUUUAUUGGAUUUCUGAGUCAGCACAGCUUCCUGAAGCCCCUCAAUGGCACAAAAUUAUCAGCAGAAACUGAUCGAGAAUCGGGGCAGGAUUUUAAAUUACCUAAUCAAGGAAAAUACAAUCCUGAUGAAAACCAUAUCAAAUAUUUUGAGGGUACUCUCACCAGACAGCCAGCAGAAGGUCCUGUAGAAGAACAUCAUUGCCAUAAACCCACCGGUACUCUAGAAAAUGGGCCCUCACCAGAGGAAGAUGUGAGUGAAAAAGAAAAGGAAAUGGGGGAAAAAAGUUGUUCUGUUAAACGGAAAGAAGAAAUCAAAUUAUUUGCAGUUUUUAAUGUUUCUGAUGAAGACUGCAGUCGACGAUCCUAUCAUGGAAGCGAUAUAUCUCUUAGGGUCACAAGGAAAGGCCAAACUAUCUGCAGCCUGGAGGCAGAUUGGUUGGAAAUUACAGCAUCUUAUCAUAAGAGUGGAAUGUCAUUGAUUGAUUCCUUUAUAACUUGGGAAACAAAAGGAGAUUAUUUAUCCAAGUCUGUGGAAGGAUUGUUUAUGUAUGAAGAAGGUGAUUCUGGGUCAAAUAAGUUACCAAAUGAUGCAAUAGUGGUUGAACAGUGGACUGUCAUUGAGGAUUGUGAAGUAAAGUCUGAUUAUGGUCCUUUGCUGCAUACACUGGCUGAAUUUGGAUGGCUGAUUACCUGUGUGCUCGCCACACCUAUCAUUCGUCAUGACAGUGAAGGAAAUUUAGCAACAAAACAAGUAAUAUUCUUACAGAGGCCCGCAGCUCUUGAUUUGAAGGUGGAAACAAACGAGAAAAAAAAUAGUCGGUCAGCAAAAAGUGAUGAGAAGGGCAGACACGUAGGUGUAGACACAAGUAAAAAUAAACCUUUGGAAGCAAAUUCUACUGAAGAUUCCUGUUCUGUUUCUAAGGAAAGCCUCUGGGCUAAAGAGCCAUCGCAACACUAUGGAGACUUUUCAGGACUGGAAAGUGCUCUCCGAGACCUGGAUGAUGCACAGUUGGAUCAAGAGGAUGAAGCAAAUCAGGUAACUUGCAUAUGACACUGCACAUUUCCGUUUCACAAGGAAGAGAAUGGCAUGAAGGAAGACAAUCAUAUUUGCUGGGAUGUGCUUUUGAUUGUUAAUUGCUGACGUCGUCAUGAUUCAUACGUGAUUUUUUUAUUUUCAAAAGGACUAUUUUGUUCAAAACGCGUAUCUUAUUUUUUAUGAUCUUAAGUUCGAAACUGACAUAUAACAAUUGGUUUGAAGAGUCCGUGCACACACACCUGUUUUUUUUAAAAACAAAUCAUAACAGGUAGUUGCAACUUGCUCUUAAAAAGGAUUGUAAGUCGUCUUGAACCGAUUCCUAUCGUUAUCAGAAAAAAACAAUCCCAUGUAGAGAUUGUAGGGAGACUGAGGUCAAUUGUACUAUCUUUUGAUUAGUUAACGGCAUUGGCUGGGGAUAAAACACAAGCUAAAUAUUCAGUGUAGGGUCUUUACCAGCUUCUUUUUAUCACUUAUUUUAUUUCUAACAUUACCACCCAAUUAAACUAAAACCAGUAACAUUGCAUCAAAUGCCACAGACUGAGAUAUGUUCCGAGGCAGUUUCCUAUCAAAGCUGAAAUAAUGAGGCUCUUGUGGUUAAUUGCAUCAUCUCAACCCUCAAUCGGUUGCCGCUUCAUCGCAUACUCCAGAUUCUGUUCUAUGUAAACAAUUAGACAAUGAAGUCAACACUCCCAGUGGAUCAGUGGGAAAAUUCG